AUGGCCGAACACGGUGGGACUCCGACUCUGUCUGAUGAAGAACAAGUAUGGAGCUGGGGCGCAGGUACGGACGGCCAGCUGGGGACGGCCAAGCUACAAGACGAGCAUCUCCCCAAGCUUCUCUCGCUGACGUCACUUCCUUCCAUAUCGAUGCUCGCCUGUGGCGGCGCUCACGUCAUCGCCUUGACUUCCAGUGGUAAGGUGUUCACAUGGGGAAGAGGAAGCUCUGGUCAAUUAGGACAUGGGGACAUCAUCAACACUUCUUUGCCAAAACCACUAUCUUUCUUCAAUGACUAUGUUAUAACUCAAGCCGCAGCUGGAUGGAGUCACUCUGGUUUUGUUUCAGAUUCAGGUUGCCUUUUCACAUGUGGGAAUGGCUCAUUUGGUCAGCUUGGUCACGGUGAUAACAUGUCACUAACCACUCCAGCUAAAGUCCCUUACUUUGUCAAUAACAGUGUGAAGAUGGUAGCUUGUGGUAUGCGCCACUCACUUGUCUUGUCCGCAGGGAAUCAAGUGUGUGGGUUUGGCUCUGGAAAACGCGGACAGUUGGGUGUCUCAUCAGACAGAACAAAAUCGGUAAAUCUUCCAUGUGUUGUCCCUGGAUUUGAAGAUGUUGAGGUUGUUCGUAUAUCAGCUAAUGGAGAUCAUAGUGCAGCUACAUCCGCUAAUGGACAGUUGUUUAGUUGGGGAAGAGGAUUCUGCGGCGGCCCUGAUAUUCAAACCCCUCAGUGUUUGCCUACAUCGCUAUCUUUCAGAGAAGUUGCUUUAGGAUGGAAUCAUGCUUUACUACUAACUGUUGAUGGCGAAGUUUUCAAGCUUGGUAACACCCUUGAUAAACAGUCCGAGAAGCAACAGCUGCAAGUAGAUUCCUGUGAACCUCUCUUGGAGAAAGUUUCGGAUUUCGACGGAGUCAGAGUUCUGCAAAUCGCAGCAGGAGCAGAGCAUUCUGCUGCCGUAACAGAAAGUGGAGAAGUUAAGACAUGGGGAUGGGGUGAACAUGGUCAGCUAGGUCUUGGAAACACCAAUGAUCAGACAAAUCCUCAACUGGUGAGCCUAGGUAGUAUAGACCUGCGAACAAAAGAGAUCGAAGUAUACUGCGGAAGCGGAUUUACCUAUGCAGUAAAGCGAAAACAACAGCUUUCUUCUUCAGCAAAUUCAUUAUAG